AUGAAAGGAAUCGCAAGUGAAGCAACUCAGAUUUGCAUGGAUGCUUUAGAGCUUUGCUUUGAGUAUAAUAACAGCUUUUGUCAUGACAUUACUGUUGUUGUUGUACUUAGUUGCAACAUACAGCAGAUUCUCGCAUUAUCAUUAGAAUCACGCUUGAAAUGCGUAAUUAAAAACCUGAAAAGUUUCAAAGAACAGAAUAAAUGGAAAACAGUGAAAGAGUGUUGGUGUUACAAUAAGAAUCCUUAUUCAAAGAGAUCAUUUUACCCUGAAAAACAAACAAGCAACUCAUGA